UGAGAUAUAAAUUACUAACUCUUCCCUCUUUUCGCUUCACGUUAUUACUCAAUUCGCAGACACCCCGGAAAGAAGAGCGAGAGCGCGCGAGAGCAAGAGAAUCGGAAUACGAAACCCUAUAACUGCCUCCAAAGGAGUUAUUCUUGAUUUCUUGAAUUUUCUCUGUUUAUCUUCUUUAAUGGCUGUGAGUCGCUUGGAAAACAUGAAAGAAGUAGCUAUUGACUCUUCUGCUGUUGAGUCUUUUCCGAGCAUUCGCUCUGGUAGCUAUGCCAACAUUGGAACGAGGCAUUCUAUGGAUGAUGAACACAUUCGGAUUGAUGAUCUAUCUGCUCAUCUGGGUUCUUUCUUCAAGUGGCCAAGUGCUUUUUAUGCUGUGUUUGAUGGUCAUGGUGGGCCUGAUGCUGCUGCUUAUAUCAAGAGAAAUGCUAUGAGGUUGUUUUUUGAAGAUGCCGAGUUGCCACAAACAUCUGAUAUUGAUGCUGUGUUCCUCGACGCAUUGGUGGAUUGCCAUAAGAAGGCAUUUUUACUGGCAGACAUUGCCUUGGCUGAUGAAAGCAGCGUUAGUAGUUCUUGCGGAACAACAGCUCUGACUGCCCUAGUUCUUGGAAGGCAUCUACUGGUUGCAAAUGCUGGUGACUGCCGGGCAGUUUUAUGCAGGAAAGGGGUAGCUGUUGAUAUGUCACAAGAUCACAGGCCUUCUAAUUUGCCAGAGCGCAAGCGGGUUGAGGAGUUGGGUGGCUACAUUGAAGAUGAAUAUCUUAAUGGUUAUCUCUCGGUUACUAGAGCUCUUGGAGACUGGGAUUUGAAACUCCCACUUGGGGCUGCAUCGCCUCUCAUUGCUGAGCCAGAUGUUCAAGAGCUUAUGUUAACAGAGGACGAUGAAUUCUUGAUCAUUGGUUGUGAUGGCAUAUGGGAUGUUUUGUCAAGCCAGGAUGCUGUCAGCUUUGUCCGGCGUGGACUUAGGCGGCAUGAUGACCCGGUGAUGUGGGCCAGAGAACUAGUUAUGGAAGCAUCACGCCUCCAUUCAACUGAUAAUCUAACUGUAGUUAUCAUCUGCUUCUCUUCACCUAUUGUUGUUGAGUCAUGUACCCCUCGGAGGAGGUUCAGGUGCUGCAGUCUUUCUGAGGAAUCUCGAAAUAGAUUGAGAAGCUUGUUGGAAGGCACUUGAACGUGCAGAAAAAUUAUUUUGUAUUUGCAGAAAUUUUUAAUGAUAAAGGAUUUUUGUCUGUUUGUGGCUGUUUCAGAUAGCUAAGAAAAAAAGCAGCCAGCUGUUCUGUAGGGAUAGAAGAGAGGAUACUGGAAUAGCGGUUGCGUCAAGUAAAGAUUAUGUUUCUGGAUUGGUAAAUUUAAUGAGGCCAGAUUAUUUUGCCAUAGUUUCA